AUGCUGGGCUCCAUUAGGAGCACCCCGUUUGCUGCCCUUGGAGUCGACCUGUCUGGAGUAGAAGAACAGCGGACAGAUGACGGUGAUACGUUUGGCAGAAGCCAUUUUGCAGGCGGAAAUCAUGAUGAGCAGUUCCAUAAACAAAUCGUUCACGUGGCCUGCUCCUGUCUGGAUGAUAAAGACGUCCUUGUCUCUAACGGAGUCGCCGUACUGGACAGACGUUUCGCCGUUGGCAAACUUUCUGAGCUCGACCUUUCCCGGAGGAAGGCCGAGCCGUACUCGGAGGGAAAACCGGUGCAUGGUUAUUGGUCACACGUUGCUGGCGGCGACGACGGAAUUGAGUUGCUCGUCGAACAGGUGGCAACGGAUGGGCAUUUCGAGCUCGUAGAAGGGGUUUUUCAGCACGUAGUCGCAGUAGUACUGGUAGAUCUUGUCGUACAUGAGGGCGAACCGUGUUUCGUCCACGUCGCGGGAGACAAACAGGAUGAUUUUCACGCCGGUGACGGUCUGGUUGAUGAAGAUUUUGAACUGGGCGGUGGCGAUUUCGCGCAGGCCGGUGCGGUUGGAGUUGGCGAGCAAUUUCGAGCGCUCGUGGUUGUGAACCGCAUCGGGAGGAGUGAUCUUGGAGGCGAUUGCGUGCACCCCGUGCAACGAACUGGCUAUCACGAGAUAAUCGUUGGACUUCUGGCGCGUGAUCGGCGAAUUCACUGUCUUGAAGUCCUUUUGAUAAAGCAAAGAGCCCGACCGUGA